AUGACUGAUACCCUCAUGAGAGAGGAGAGGACCCAGACGCAGAAGGAAGAGUGUAUCUCAAAAAAAAAAGAAUUCACAUUGUUAGAAAGAGAGAGUGAUAAGGAAAUCGUUGGUGCUCUUCUAGGACUUGCUGACUUUGUCAACAUGGUACUGGAAGAUGUCACUGAGUUUGAAAUUUCACCAGAAGGAAGAAAGAUUACUAAAUUAGAUCAGAUUUUGCUAAACGGCAAUAAUAUAACAAUGCUGGUUCCUGGAGAAGGACCUGAAGUAUGAAUGAGUUUUCUUGGCUUACAGUAGAUUCUGUUUUGUCUUACAAUGACAAGAAAAUGCAAUUUUUUUUUUUUUUUUUUUUUUUUUUUGCCUUCUGUUUAAAUCCUAUAAAGCUAGGUUUCCCAUUAAAGGGAAGUGCUUUGAAGAUGUGUACCCACUUUUGUGAGUUAAUCGUGAUUAUCCCGGAGAAGGAAGAGUUUCUUCUUUGAAGACGCAAAUAAAAGUGUUUCGGUUAAGUGUCAUUUUAUUUAUUGUCCUGCAGUAACCAGCGGAACGAGGGUUCUAGCUG